AGACGAGGGAGAACUGCCAUUGAGGGCAAGUACGAUGUCGACAAACUUUGGAUAGUUACUUACAAUCCCUGGCUUUCUCAGAAAUGUAAUGCUCAUAUUAACCUUGAAGUUUGCGUGUCCAUUCAAUGUAUCAAGUAUCUAUAUCAGUAUGUCUACAAUGGAUGCGAAGCUGCAUCAAUUGCACUUCACAAG